CAACGCAACGCACUGUGCGGCAGCUGUCACCUGUCAAGAUGGCGGCCCCCAGGAGUUGCGCUCUAUGGGGCUACUGCGGCCGUGGGUGGUCGCGGGUGAUGCUGCGCUACCGGUUCCCCGGGCUUCGUAGCUCCUGGCCGGGAAGUCCGCUGGGUGCGCGGCUCUUGUCCCAAGAGAAGCGAGCAGCGGAAACGCACUUCGGGUUUGAGACUGUGUCGGAGGAGGAGAAGGGGGGCAAAGUCUAUCAGGUGUUUGAAAGUGUGGCCAAGAAGUAUGAUGUGAUGAAUGACAUGAUGAGUUUUGGUAUUCAUCGUGUUUGGAAGGAUUUGCUGCUCUGGAAGAUGCGCCCAUUUCCUGGGACCCAGCUGCUUGAUGUUGCUGGAGGCACAGGUGACAUUGCAUUCCGGUUCCUUAAUUAUGUUCAGGCACAGCAUCGGGGAAAGCAGAAGAGGCAGGUAAGGGCCCAGCAAAAUUUAUCCUGGGAAGAAAUUGCCCAAAAAUACCAGAAUGAAGAGGAUUCCUUGGGUGGUUCCCACGUCAUGGUCUGUGAUAUCAACAAGGAGAUGCUAAAGAUUGGAAAGCAGAAAGCUUGUGCUCAAGGAUACAAAGCUGGACUUUCUUGGGUAUUGGGAGAUGCUGAAGAACUGCCCUUUGAUGAUGACAAGUUUGAUGUUUACACCAUUGCCUUUGGGAUCCGGAAUGUCACACACAUUGAUCGGGCACUCCAGGAAGCCCAUCGAGUCCUGAAACCAGGAGGACGGUUUCUCUGUCUGGAGUUUAGCCAAGUGAACAAUCCCCUCGUAUCCAGGCUUUAUGAUCUCUAUAGCUUCCAGGUCAUUCCUGUCCUGGGAGAGGUCAUCGCAGGAAACUGGAAAUCCUAUCAAUACCUCGUUGAGAGUAUCCGACAGUUCCCAUCUCAGGAGGAGUUCAAGGAGAUGAUAGAAGAUGCAGGUUUCCAGAAAGUGACUUAUGAGAGUCUAACAUCAGGCAUCGUGGCCAUUCAUUCUGGCUUCAAACUAUAACUCCUUCACCAUCCUGGACCGUGAACCCAUCACAUCCUGUCAAAUGCCUGCAACUGAAGUAUAAUCAGGCUAGUGAGACCAGCAACAGAACAUCUCCUCUCAAGGAUAUGUGCCUUGUUCAGGUGUGGCCAGUCUCAAAGUGGAAGAAACAAAUUCCUGUCACUUUACUGGAGCUUUCAGUAAGAGUUGCUUUAGGCCUUCUCCCCAUGGCAUUGUGUCAGUAUCUUUUGCUCAAUUUUCCUUCUAAUUUUUCUCAGCUGUGCAAUGUGUGGUUAAGGUAAAACCAGCACUAAAACUCAGUUUUGAAGUGUUUGUAGUUUCUCUGCUGGUGCUGCCUUCUAGGGGGAUAAUGAUUCAUUUGAAGCUAAUGAUGAUUUGAACCAGAAAACUUCCUAACUGUAGCCGAGUCAACCUUUCAGCCUAGGACUGGUUGAGAGCCAAAAACCAGGCCCAAGUCAGAGGGCUAAUGAUCAUGACUAUAAUUAUGUACUGAACCACUAAAUGAGUUUACAAUUUGUACAAUGUUUUUUUUUUUCUUGAGGGGGUAUGGGAAAUAUAUUUGUCACGUAUCCUAUGCUCUUUUACCAAAAGCCACUUUUGUGUCCUCAGUGCCUGUCGUGAAAACAACUCAAUUCCUUGUCAAAAGAAUAAACGUUGAGACUGAUAGUGUGCCAUCUGUAAUUGAAAAAUUAAAAAAUAGAAAAAAAAUGUAACAGCAAA